UGAAUGUCAGCCACCAAAUUAUAUAACCAAAACUCAUCAAACCCUCUUCUGAUCUCUCUCUACAUAUAUUUAUAUAUAGUUGUUAUAUAUAUAAAUGGCUAACAGGGAUCCUCUUGUGGUUGGGAGAGUGAUAAGUGAUGUGUUGGACCCUUUCACAAAAACUGUGUCUCUUAAAGUAUCAUAUAGUGGGAAUAGGGCUAUUAACAAUGGUACUGACCUUAGACCUUCUCAAGUUGCUAACUCACCUAGGGUUGAGAUUGGUGGAGAUGAUCUCAGGACUUUCUACACUUUGGUUAUGGUUGAUCCUGAUGCUCCUAACCCUAGCGAACCUAAUCUUAAAGAAUAUUUGCAUUGGUUGGUGACUGAUAUUCCCGCAACUACGGGAACAGGCUUUGGACAAGAAGUGAUGUGCUACGAGAGCCCAAGACCGACGGUGGGAAUUCAUCGCUUUGUGUUUGUUCUGUUUCGACAGUUAGGAAGGCAGACAGUGUAUGCACCCGGGUGGCGACAUAACUUCAACACAAGAGAUUUUGCUGAAAUCUACAACCUUGGAUUGCCUGUUGCUGCCGUUUACUUCAACUGCCAAAAGGAACUUGGCUGUGGUGGAAGGAGGUCAUCAACAUCAUAAAUAUUAAUUAUAUAAUAUACUAAUCAUAUUAAUCAUAAUCUAUCCAUCUAUCUAUCUAUAUAUGUCAUAUUAUUAUAUAUUGAAUAAUGCUUGAGACACAACAACUACAACUAUUAAUAUUUAUAUAUAUUCUAAGUAAUUGAUAUAUCUAUAUAUAGUUGUGAUUUCUCUUGUAAUAAUAAAACAGUAGUAUUAUAAUUAAGCUAGCUAACACUAUUGUACUACAGAUAUAUAAUAUAUGAAAUUGAGUUGUAAAUGUUUCACGUACUACGCAUCUAGCAAUAUUUAAUAUUUUUAUAAAUAUUAAAAUUACUAGAUGUUAAGUUGUAAAUGUUUAUGAUGUAUCAUCAAUAAUAUAUAUAUGGAUGCUUCUUGUUACUUA